CAUACACAAUUACACAUAUUUCUGAGCCAUUCUCAUUGCAGAUGGCGUUUGCAGUUGGCGUCCCCUUGAACAUAAAAUCGUAUAUCACUCUGUUACAUCAUAUGUAAUAUUUUUAUUUCGACCAGUCAGGCGAGCACCGCUGGUAUGCUACCACAACGGCUACCACGCACGGACGCUCCGUUUCCACUGUUCCCACGCACACUGUAGAACCAGAGUGAAUAAAUAGAGUGACGCAGAGUCUGAAACCAGAAAACCCAAACGAACACUGCAAAGUCGGGUGUUUUCGUCAAUGAAAUAGUCUGCUGGGAGGCAACAAAAAUCCAUCCACUGUUUCCUCACAAUCGGAUUCUCCGGGAACCGAAAAAAAACUCACAUUCCUUACUGUUUUUUGUUAUUACACAAAACGCACUUCAUUUUAUCUAUCUCUAUCAAACUUUAUCAAACGAACUUGUUUUAAAUUUAAAUAAAAUAACUAUCUUUUCACUCUGACAAUAACAACACUCCGUUGAAGUCAACUGGAACCAGGGUUGCCACAUUUAAAUCUGUGUUUUCCCUUGAAAAAAUCUGAGCAUCUGUAUAAGAAACAAACAUAUCUGUAAAAAAAAUCUGUAUUGUUUAAACAUAAAAAACUUUGUAUUUUUCAAGUUUUUAUGGUACACAAACAAAAUUUUUAGCUAAGAAAGGUGUGAGGAGUUGAAAAUAUGUUCAAUUUGCUUAGAAUUUAAUAAAAUAAAAUUUGGAAUGUUUAUAAAAAUUAAUGUCAAUUUCGGAAAAUCUGUAUAUCUGUACUUUUCGACGAAAAUCUAUACACCUGUACAUACAGAUCCUGUACCGUUAUUUCAGCCAAAAAUCUGUAAAAUACAGAUUAAUCUGUACAUGUGGCAUCCCUGACUGGAACUUGAGCAAAAAGGGGCUGCCAGAAAAAUAUUUUGGUGGAUACAUAAAAAAAACGUGUUGCUGUUUUGACUGAAUUUCUCUCUGCGUCACUCUAUCUCAGAGAUGCCAGAUAUACAGACAAAUCUGUAUUAUACAGACUUUCUGUGUUGCGAUACAGACACGCAUAAGCCUACAGAUUUUAUACAGACAUUUAGUAUAAUACAGAUAUUACACAGAUAUCUGAUAUUACACAUAAUGGUUUUACCAGUAUACACAAAAAAACGAACACAAAAACCAAAAGUCACUGUAGCCGUUGCUGGAAAAAGUGAACUAGGAACUGAACACUUUGCUGAACAUAUUAAUCUUGCGUUUUUGAGAGUGAAAUCAUGACAACGGGAAUCGAGUCAGGCUAUCGGGGUUUUUAAUCGGCCCCGUGGGCACUAAUCUGCCUGUUUCGCCCCUAGUAACAAACAGCUGAUUGUCUCGAUCGAUUGCCAUGCAGGUGAAAAGACCGUUUGUUCUAUUCGGAGCAAUAUCCAACGUUGAAGAAUUGCUUAAAAUGUCCCAAACCAUGAAGGUACUAUUUUUAUAACCGCGAGACUUCUGCCAUCAUGUAUCAGUUUAGCUACAUUACGGCGAACGGCGAUUUUUAUCACGGGAAAGACUCUUACUUCUAUGUGUUACUUAGAUUUAAAAGAUAAAUUAGUUAUCGAUUAAUCGACCAACUAUGAUAGACUCGAAAAAGAACAAUCAAAACAAGCAAUAAAACAAAACAAUCUGACAGGUCGACAAAUAAUUAGGUAUCAAUGUAUCGGUAACUUUUUUUCGCAGCGGUAUACAGACUUAUACAGACAUUUUUAUGGAUUAUACAGACUUGCCAAAAAACAGUCUGGCAUCUCUGCUCUAUCUAUUCACUCUGUGUAGAACUAGUGUAGGUUUCGUAUAGGAUAGAAACGUCAACAUAAAUCAUUCUACAUCGUCCGCCAAAGAGUCAACACCUAAAAUAAAAACCUGAAAGUGAAAGUGAAAGUGAAAAUUGUUAAAGUCAAAAUAUAUUUUUUUUAGUUUACAAUGAACCCGCAAGAUAAAAUAGCAACAACAUCAUCAGCUAUCGAAAACCCAAUGAGUCAUAUACCCAAGCAUGAUGUUGCUGUUUUUGGUGUGUCUUCUGAUUUGAAUGAUAAUAAUUUACCAACCGAUCUGGAUAUCUUGAGAUAUUAUUUUUACUUAAGCGAACGUGCAAAAACAGAACAAAAAAAGUUUUCUUAUAAACAAUUCUCUAAUCACGUAACAGAUAGGUUGGUUGGAAUUUGGGAAAAACUUGGUAUGGAAAUAAUUUCAAAAAAAUAUGUUGCUGUUAAAUUGAAUAGAUUGGUUGACAAAUACCAAGCCGAAAUUAAGAAGACGAAUAGAGACCUUUUAGUGUUUACCGGUACUCUGAACGAAAUUUUUUAUAUUGGAGCAUGUAAAUGCGAUUUGACGGCAGCUCAAUGUAACUGCGGUUUGGUUCCAGAACGCCUCAAAGAGUUUAUGCACGAUCAACAUAAACAGAGAAGACUAACAAUUGAUGCAUUUCUGAUGGAAAUUGAAGAGCAAGGGACAUCGUCAUCAAUGCCAACAAUGCCAACAUACGAAGAUUCUGAUGAUACAACAUACGUAGACGUACCGAUGACGGUUGAUGAAGAUGUUAUGAAUAGAAGCACAAGUUCACAAUACACAGAAAGAUACGAUUGUUUUAACUUUGCCUUGAUGUGUGACAGAUUUGGUGUGUCUGAUAGAGUAGCGUCAGCAUUGGCAACCAGUCUUUUCAAAGAUUUUGAAAUGAAAGAUCAGCAUGGCGAACCUCUCAUCAUGGAUGAAUCGAAAGUUCGUAGAGAAAGAGAGAAAUGCAGACGAAUAGUGCUCCGCAAAAGGUUUGAUGAUUCCAGUUUAAUAGCGUUUUCAUUCGACGGCAGAAAAGAUGAUACUUAUACGAGAGAAAAAAUUGAUGGUAAGUAUCAUACUAGGAUGGUAAAAGAACCUCACCUUGUUAUUUUGAGAGAACCGAAUUCCCGAUUGAUUGGUUACGCAAGACUGGUAGAGGAAAGUGCUGAAUACAAAACAACAAAAUUGAAUGAAUUUUUCAACGAUAAAAACAUAUCUCUGGAUGCAUUGAUUGGCAUAUGCACUGACGGUGAGCCAACUAACACUGGCACACACGGUGGAAUUAUACGAAGAUUCGAAUUGCUGCUAAAAAGACCAUUGCAUUGGUUUGUUUGCCUUCUACACUUCAACGAACUUCCGUUUCGACAUUUGUUUGGGGUUUUGGAUAAAUCAUCCACCACUGGACCAACAUCAACAACCGGGAAACUAAGCAAGCAAAUUGAAAAUUCUGAAGCUCUUCCGGUGGUGAGCAACUUUCAGAGAAUUGCGUUGGAAAAUAUGCCUCCUGUUGCAGAACAGCACGAAUAUUCCACCGAUUCGCAGUACGUAUACGACAUGGCACAUGCAAUUUCUAAUGGCGUGGUUUCUGUGGAUCUGGCUAACAUAAAACCAGGGAAAAUUGUACAUUCUCGCUGGCUCACCAAGGCCGCUAGAUUAUUACGAUUAUAUGUGACAAUGAAAAAACCACCUAAAAAUUUAAGAAUUCUAGUUGAAUUUAUAAUUAAGGUUUAUGUGCCAAUGUAUUUUAAUAUCAAGUAUUACAGCUCUGUCGUGUACGGUAGUGUAUUAUUUUUCAAGUACAUUACUUGGGCACAAUUUCUGGAGCCAAAUUUACGCACUGUUGUCAAUCAUGUAAUUAAAAAUAAUCCAUAUUUUGCACAUUCGGAAAAUAUCUUGCUAUCAAUGUUGUUUGAUGAUAGGAAAGAGGUGCGCGACUCUGCUAUCAAGAAAAUUUUACGAUAUCGAGACAACGUUGAAGACCCAUCGGAACUAAGAGAAUAUAAAAAACCAGAUAUAAACUUCCAUUGCUUCGAUUACACGAACAUGAUCGAUUUGACUGAUAAAAAUAACGUAUUUGAACCACCAUUCACGCGAAUCAUUCCGUAUGAAACAUUGAUAGCAUAUUUAAAUGAAGAUGAUUCACCAUUCACUGAUCCGCAUAUUCCAUUACAUAUACAAGGAACGGAACAACACGUUCAACUGCUAGCUAGCGUUUCCAAACGAGUAAUAUCGGAAAAUGUAGAGGCUGUUAUGGAGGCGACAUUAGAGAGCCGUGCGAAAUUGCCCAGAAAAGACUUCAAACAAUAAUUUUUUAGUUUCUUUCCUAUGUUCUGAUCGAAUAAAUUUUUAAAGAGAUAACAAAAAUCCAAAAACAAAAAAAAUACAUUUUUUUCCUAGAAACUUCAUUUGUGCGGAAAAAUAAUAGCCAUUUCACUGAUUUUUGUCAUAGAAAGUGCCAAAAAUGGUGAUUUUUUGAUAUUUUGACGUGGGACACGUCUUUGUUUACUAUACUGGGAUGCAUUCUGUAAAAUUGGAAAUGAAACGGGCAAAUGUUGCGUCAGAUUUCAAACGCUAAUAACAGCAUAACCACAUGAUGGAUAACAAUAACCAAUAUGUUGUUGGAUAGAUAAAAUGUAUAACAAUUUUGUAAUGUGUUAAUUAUCACUCUAAUUUCAUUGCUAAGCGGUAAAAUUGAUAAUAAUUUCAAUAACAAAUUUACGCGAAUAAUGAACCAAUUACAUGCGAGCAUUCCUAGCACAGACGACGUGAAUGGACACCAUCCGUUCCCUGUGAUAUUCCCUGUAUCAAUUUCGAAAUAAAAAUUGACAGAGUCUCCCCGUCCCAAUAGGUCAAUUUAUUUUUGCUUCCAUGAGCUUAGACUAAUAUGAUGUCUCGAAGGUAAAAGUUUUCCUAAAAGUUUGAAACAAUACCCAUCCUUGAACAAUCUCUAAACCUGCGUGUUAGGUACUGUAGAACCUAAUAAAAACUGAUGUCUUGAAAGAAAACAUGCCAGUAAAAGCAACAGUACCAGUGGAGUAUAGAACCGCAGGUCUCUCGUCGUCUAUGAUUGCAUUGGUACUCUUCUAUACGUACUGCAGCAGUACUAUUCGUAUUGCAGUGGUACACUUUUGUCCGUACAUUUCUAUUCGUAUGCAAUUGAGGAAAAACUACAAUGCUGCUGUUGAUGGUGAUUGAAAGUUUAUUUCAUAAAUAUGAUUGCCAUGAAUUACUCAACAAGAAUUGUAAAUUUUUGCAACGGAUAUUUUUUAAAUUUUAUCUUCGAUAUUCACUAAAUAAUCGUGACCGGAUAGUAUCGAAAGAGUAAAUUCCUAAAUAUAUACAUUUAUAGAAGAGUAAGAAGUUGCGAAUGCUUGUGAUUUUUUAGUUUAUUUAGUAAGAUUCGUACAGAAUCUCUUUUUAUAUUUCAAAACUGUUAGAUGAUAUAUUAUUAUUCUAAGAUUUACCAUAAUAAACGUAUAUUUCCUGUCUUCGUAAUACAGCGAAUGUAGUUGCAGGCAAAUGAAAAAAUUGUCAAGCAAAAAAUAAAAAUGUAAUUGUGGAUUUCUACGAUUUUUUGCUGGAACUUGUUAGGAAUUUUGUUCAAAAUAUUUUCUUAUGUUUUCCAAUUGAUGAACCUUUGUAAGGGCUUCCAUAUUAUUUUGAAAGUAAUAUCCAUACUAUAGAUUUGAUUUAGUUAGAGUUAAAUAAGACAAAACCAUUCAUUAUGAUAACGUAAGCAUUAUUGGAUUUGGUUUUUGAAGAUAUAGAGAUAAUUCUGACUUUGACGCAUUAUGAGAAAUUCUUGGUGCUUCUUCAACAAGCACGAUAUGCUUGUGCCUUGUUAAAUACAUAUUUUUUUGCAAAAAAAAAAUACUAAAGGCAUAAUAUCGCCAAAUAUAAAUGAUAUUUCUUCGAGUGUUGUUGAAUAUAUUCCAAAAAUUGAUUUCCAGGGGAGGCUGAAAAUAAACACAUUGAUUCUGUCUGCAGACUCUGUAUAUUUUGUAACAAAAAAUCCCCUAAUUACAGUGUUUAGUCCCACGUCACCAUUUCAUACAACCCUAGGGCUGUAUACCUUGUAGUAUUUUAUAUUUUUGUAUGGGAGACCCCCUAGGGGGGUCCCAGGGGGGUAACACUAGCAUGGGUGGGUCAGCCCUCCAAUGUUAGUGGGGGUCGGUCAUACAUUUGAACUCGAUUGGGUCACUCUAAAUGGGUCAACACAGGAUUUUUUGAAAUUUGACCUUUUGGGUACCUACACGUUAGUACAAGGGACAUCAGAAUUCAUUUUAGAGGUAUGGUUUCUUGAGAAAAGUAUCUUAUUUUGAUCCCUAAAAUCCGAAAAUCAUAUGUGCCUAAGCGAUUUUUAAAUCGACCCACCCUAAUGUCCAUGUUCUCCUGAUACUUGUUCACUGUUUUACCGCAUGCACCAACCUCCCGGCCAAGUGCACGCAGCGAUUUAGCCACUUCUCCCUCGGUCUUCCUCUUCAGCAUCCUUUGAAGCUUCUUGUCGCUCAGGGUCGUUGGCCGUCCAAAACCGGGCUUUCUUUCAAUGCUCUGAUCGUCGUCCAAUAGUGUCAAGAUGUAGUAGAUGCCGGAACGGGCACACCCGGCGUCCACAAAGCGGAGUAGCUUCACUUUUUUCGCCAUCACAGUUAGAGUUUGACUGAUAGAGCUGUCAAUUUUUUCUUUGUUAACUCAUAGGUUACUAUGAUUGAUAAUGCAUGAGUAGUUUCGUCAGUGCGCUUAAAGGUAAACUCAUGAAAAAUCGUCAAUUUUUGUUCAUUUUUUUGCCGCAAACGUUAUCAAGAGACAUCGCUAUGCGCUUUCCUUGAUAUUAAAGGUGCUUUUGACAAUACAUCCUAUGCUUAGAUCAAUGCAGCUCUCCUGAAGAGAAGAGUUGAUAACACUACAAUGAUCUGAAUUCAGAAUAUGCUCCUUAGCAGAGAAUUCACAGCUAUGUUGAGAAAAGACUGUCCACAAGGAGGAGUCCUCUCCUUCCUUCAAAAGGUCAAAUAUAUGACCCAUGGUCAAAGAGUGUAAUACAGGCUUUAGUCCCAAGACAUACAAAAAAAUCCAAGCGUGGGAAGCUCCCACUAGUGUUUAUCGAAAAAAAAAACCUUAAAAAACAACGCCGCUGCGUACUUUAACGCACUUUGGGACCCAUACGAGAAGAAUUAUUGCACCUUUAAACGGAA